UAAACUUCAAUAUUUUUGCAACGAUUUGAUGUGGGAGCAAAAUCCAGCUCCGUUACCAAAGCGUUACAAGUGACGAUGCCUAUAGCGAGCAAAACAAAUGACAAUGGUGACAUGAAUUGGGUCAAGGGCUCAAGCAGCGAUUCCAUUAACUGCCCGGACAUUGUUUUCUCAGAAAUCCGUUGUGAUACUUGAUAGCGUACACAGCGCCUGAGUGUGCGAGAUGUGUGUUAUGUGCCGAUAAACACGAUGGCAUUCGAGUGAUUUGCAGAAAGAGAAAGGUAGAAUUUCUUAUGCAAAACCUAAAAUCUUUUCUCUUUUUCUGAACAGUAAAAGCUGCUAGCUGUCACUCACGGAUUCGGAAUUGGAAAAGGAAAGAAUAAAAAUUCACAUUGUGUGACAAAAUGCCUCAAAAAUUGUAUCAGCUGCCACAGCAACCAUUAAAAACUGCCCCAUUGGUAUCAAAGAAGUUUUUCUGCAAAGUUUGUGGGAAAAGUUAUACAAGAAAUUUCUGCCUGAAAAUUCACAUGACGUCUCACACUGGAGUAAAAUCCUAUCGCUGUGAAAUCUGUGGUUGGUGCUGCGACUCUAACUACAUCCUGAAAGUACACACCAGAAGCCACACUGGGGAGAAGCCAUUCAAAUGUGUGAUGUGUCGUAAAGCUUUCUCAACAAAUGCAGUGUUGAAGCUCCACAUGAAGAGACACGCUGGGGAGAAGCCUUUCCGUUGCAACGUCUGCACUGUUAAGGCAUUUGUCACCAAAUCUGAGCUAAACCUUCACCUGAGAAGUCACUCCAUUGAACAGCAAUUUGUUUGUGUUACUUGCCACAAAGGCUUUGUGAAAAUGUCACUGCUAAAGAUCCAUGAGCGGAUUCACUCUGGGGAGAAACCCUAUAAAUGCAAGCUGUGUGAUCAAUGGUUCCGGACGAAUUCGAUUUUGAAUGUUCAUACCAAAAGACACAUGGCAGAAAAGCCACACAAAUGCGAGAUUUGUGGGAAAAGUUUCAAGACAAAAUCAGAACUGACCAUCCACAAAAGGUACCACACUGGAGAAAAACCCUAUACAUGUGAAACAUGUGGUAAAGGUUUCUCUGUAAAUUCCGAUCUUAAAUUUCACAGACGUAUCCAUACAGGUGAGAAACCGUUUCUCUGCAUUAUAUGUGGUAAAAGUUUCAAGCUGAAAAAAGAGUUGAAAAUUCAUACCAGGACUCACACAGGUGAGAAACCAUUUAGUUGUGAUACCUGUGGAAAGAAAUUUAGCACUAAUUAUAGGCUGAAGAUUCACGCUCGAGUUCACACAGGUGAGAAACCUUACCAAUGUAGUGUGUGUGACAAAAGUUUUACAAAUGGCACAAAUCUAAAAGUUCAUACGUUGGCACAUUCUGGUGUGAAAUCUUGGCUGUGUGAGGUGUGCAAUAAAGGAUUCUAUACAAAAAAGGAUUUAAAUUUUCAUAGUAGAUGCCAUACUGAUGAAAAGCCAUUUGUAUGUGCUGUGUGUGGCAAGGCUUACCUGAGGCAAAAAAACCUAAGGAGGCACAUGUUUUCUCAUACAGGUGAAAAACAUCAUCGUUGUAAAAUAUGUGGCAAAGUUUUUCACCAAAUUUCCGACUUGGUCAUUCACUCCAAAUUGCAUCAAACGAACGACAGUCACGAGGAAGAGGUUAUGAACAAACAACUCAAGGCUAUCAGAAACCAGCUUCGAUGCGCUGUGUGUAAGUUGUGCUGUCCUUCUGAUUCUUCACUGAAAAACCACUUGGAAACACAUGCCGGAGAGAAACCGUAUCCUUGUGAGGUUUGCAGUGAAAGGUUCUCUGCUUUGUCUCAGGUAAAGGCUCACAUGCAGACGCACAACAAAGAGAAAUGUUACAUGUGUAAGGUAUGUGGGAAAGGCUAUACUAGGAAAUCUUACUUGAAGGUUCAUUCAAUGAUCCAUACUGGAGAGAAACCAUUUCAUUGUGAUAUCUGUGGCAAAGGUUUCAUCACUACUUCACAGUUAAAGACUCACAAGAUUGUUCACAGCAAAGAAACAAAGAAUACUUGUAAAGAGUGUAGGAAAGGUUUUACUACAUCAGAACAGUUACAGCUUCACCUCAAAGUGCAUUAUAGUGAAAGGCAGUUUCCUUGUGAUGUUUGUGGUAAUCGCUUCAGGUCUACCAGUCAUUUGAAGUCGCAUAUGGUCACUCAUACAGGUGAGAAGCUGUACCAAUGUGAACAAUGUGACAAGGCAUUUGCACGAAGUUCUACCUUAAAAAUUCAUUUGAGGACCCACUCAGGUGCAAAACUUAACAGCCCUUCUCAGUGUAGCGAAUCUACUGAACUGAACAGCCAUAAGCAGACUCCUGUCAGCAACGUGUAGUGAAUAUUAGGAUGACAUUUCUAAGAUACUAAACAUUGAUCUAGGUUGAACUGGUAAGUAAAGUGUCAGCUUUUCUGCCAGUAUGUUUUAAAUACAUAACCAGGUUUGUAGUACAAGUUGUGUUGCAUGGGCAAUCAUUGCAGCCAUCCUUUGCUUCCAAUCAAACUGUUUCUAAACGAUAAGUACUUUAACCAUAUUUCCAUUGAAGUACAUCCCCUUCAUUUCAAUUAAUUUUGAAAAUAACGAUGAAUUUAA